UGAAGUGGUGGAAGAGAGAUUACCACAGAGGAACGCAUGGUGGUGUCUCCCGCCAAAACCACAGAAAUAAAAGAAACCAAACACUUUUCUGUCGUCUUUCUUACGACUUACAACUUAAACCCCAAAAAUUCAUGUACUCACUUGUUUAAUUUGUCAAUCUCUUUUCCUAUUUUGGUUUCUUCUUGAAAGUUUGUUUUGUACUUCUCUCCCAAAUGUCAAUCUCACUUAUUUUUAUCAUUUCUUUUUAAUUCUUGAAUUUUUCUGGUGUUGGUUUAUCCAAAUUUAACAAUGGGUUUAGGAAAAUCUCUCAAAUUUUGGCUCCAUUCGGAAAAAAUAAUAAAAUAAUAAUAGUUCAAUUUUGUUUUGAGUAAUAAAGUUCACUUUUUUUCUCAUUUGAGUUAUCGUGUACAGAAGUCUACACAGGUUACCAUUCAAGACUAUAAAUCCCUUCAAAUUAUUUGGUAGUUAUUAUUAUUAUUAACAAGAAUUUGUUCAUUUUCAUUAUUUUUUUAUCUUAUUUUUGUUGUUGCUUGUUUUCUGAAGGGAAAUCUAGAGAUUUUAUUGUGAUUUAAUUGCAUUGAUUGUAAGAUUCAUUUCUCUGUGUACACUGUUAAGGAUUUGUUGUGUCUUCCUUAGUUGUAGAAUCAAUGGCGUCAACAUUACAAUUCUUUCCUUCUUCUUCAUCCUCUUGUAUUCGAAUUUUACCUAGUUUUCGUGUAAUUAAACCUCGAUUCAUUACCUUAGCUACUAGUAAUUCGGCUUCAUUAUCAUCUGAUUCUGUUGGAAUAAAUGGGUCUUCUUCAUUAGUCAAAGAGAGGGAAGAAAAAGAAAAAGGGUCUGUAAAUAAUGGAGUGAUGAAUGGAUUAUUUGGUUCCAGAAUUGAAGAGAAAGACAUUGACAGUACUAAGCAAAGUUCGGAGGAUUUGGAUGUGUUGUGGAAUGAUGGGUACGGAGUUAACAGUGUGAAAGAUUAUCUUGAUAUUGCAAAAGAUAUGGUUAAGCUGGAUGGUGGACCACCUAGGUGGUUUACACCUCUUGAGUGUGGGAAGCCACUUAAGAACUCACCUGUUCUUCUUUUUCUGCCUGGAAUGGAUGGUAUUGGGUUGGGACUCAUUUUGCACCACAAGGCUCUUGGGAAGGCUUUUGAAGUUAGGUGCAUGCAUAUUCCUACUAGUGACCGCACUCCAUUUGAAGGGUUGUUGAAAAUCGUUGAAGACGCCGUGAGGCUUGAGCACUCUAAGUUUCCAAAUAGACCAAUUUAUUUAGUUGGUGAUUCAUUGGGAGGUUGCUUAGCACUCUCUGUCGCAGCACGUAAUCCAUCUAUUGACUUAGUACUGAUAUUAUCAAAUCCAGCAACAUCAUUUGGCAAGUCGCAGUUGCAGCCUUUGCUCCCUAUCUUGGAGACUUUGCCCAAUGAACUCCAUAUUACUGUUCCAUAUCUUCUCAGUUUUGUUAUGGGGGAACCAGUGAAAAUGGCGACAGUCAAUAUUGAAAAGGGCCUCUCUCCUGCGAAAACAAUUGAACAACUUUCAGAAAACCUCACUGGUUUAUUACCUCGUCUCUCUGGAUUGGCUGAUAUUAUUCCUAAGAAGGCACUUCUGUGGAAAAUAAAACUGCUCAACUCUGCUGCUGCUUACACUAAUUCUCGCCUGCAUGCCAUCAAAGCUGAAGUGCUAGUCCUUGCUAGUGGAAAAGAUAAUAUGUUACCAAGCGGAGAUGAGGCUCAGCGGCUUAAGACGUCACUAAAGAAUUGCCGAGUACGCUACUUUAAGGACAAUGGCCAUACCCUUUUAUUGGAAGAUGGUGUAAAUUUGUUGUCUGUAAUCAAAGCUACUCAUAUGUACCGUCAUUCUAGACGAUAUGAUUACAUCUCAGAUUAUCUUCCACCUAGUAUGUCAGAAUACAGAAAAUUUGCUGUCGAAGGAAAUGCAUUAUUUCGUACGGCUGCUAGCGCAGCAAUGUUUUCAACUUUAGGAGAUGGUAAAAUAGUGAGGGGUCUUGAAGGGGUUCCUACUGAAGGUCCUAUCCUAUUAGUGGGUUAUCAUAUGCUGAUGGGACUAGAACUUCCUUUACUUAUUGAAGAAUUCCUGAGGGUGAAAAAAGUUAUGGUUCGUGGUAUUGCACACCCUAUAUUGUUUAGUACAAAAAGUGAAACUGCAAAACAGGAGUUUUCAGGUAAUGACAUAGUCAGCUUGUUCGGCGCAGUUCCUGUUUCAGCAAGUUACAUGUUCAAGUUAUUGUCAACUAAUUCGAUUGUUCUUCUGUAUCCUGGUGGUGCGCGUGAGGCUCUUCAUAGUAAGGGUGAAGAAUAUAAGUGUUUUUGGCCAGACCAGCCAGAGUUUGUGAGAAUGGCAGCACAGUUUGGGGCUACAAUUGUUCCAUUUGGAGCUGUUGGAGAAGAUGAUUUAGCACAAUAUGUUCUCGACUAUGACGAUCAAAUGAAGAUUCCAUUCCUGGGAGAUUUCUGGAGAGAACAAAACGAACAAGCUAUAAAACUGAGAGCUGAUGCAACAGGGGAAGUUGGAAACCAGAACAUGUUCAUUCCUGGGCUUUUACCUAAGAUACCAGGUCGUCUAUAUUACUUGUUUGGGAAACCGAUCGAAACAAAAGGGAAGAAAAAAGAAUUAAAAGACAGAGACAAUGCAAAUGUACUUUACUUGCAGAUAAAAUCGGAGGUAGAGAACAUGAUGUCUUAUCUAGUAAAGAAGAGAGAAGAAGACCCGUAUAGAGGCAUCGUCGAAAGGACAUUGUAUAAGACCUUUGGUACCCCCCUUGAUCAAAUUCCUACAUUUGAACCUUAGGUUGUACAGAUUUCGUAGUUUUUGUUCCUUACUAAGAGGAGGGUUCUGUUGAUGUGCUUCAUAUGACCACAUAGUUAUAGUUUAGGAUGGGAUUUUACAGAUCACCUAUAGAAUAAAUAUAAAAUUUGUAAACAUUUGUAACCAGUCAUACUCCACCGAGUGAGCUUAGUGGGAAAUUGUGAAACUCAGCCGAGAGGUAGGCAAUCAGGAUAUUACUAUUUUGGUUGCAGUCAUUAAGCACUCGGACACGUAAAUGUGAAUGAUGAAAGAUCUGAUCAGUUGGGCUGUCAUUUCCUGAGAUUGGAUGUUGAAGGAGAAUAUGAAGCCCCAUUCUUUGGCAAUGGAAAUGAAUUGAAUGUAAUUCUCGCAGAAAUAGCAAGUUCUUCUUCCAUUUACAUGUAUAUCUGUUAGCAAAUGGUGCAUAAAAACACUGUAUUUCUACACGAGAAUAUUGUUUGCCGGGGGCACAUACGAGUUUCUCCCAGAAAGGCACAAGGAGCAGAAAACUAAUUUCAA